AUUCCGAACGGAGGUCUUCCCGUGGGUCCGCCCAUUAGACGAUGGUCCUCUUUUGGGCGCACCCUAGGUUUUAGACGAAGCAGCCAACUCUCAAAAACAAAGAACAAAAAAAGGGGUUAGACGAAGUAGUUGCAGAGACUCCAAAACAGACACGGCGGUAGAGAAGCGAAGAAUCGCCGUUCAAUUCAAUUUAUAUGUUAAAGAAAAGAGAGAGAGAGAGAGAGAGAGAGAGAGAGAGAGAGAGAGAGAGAAUUGUGGAAUCGAGCGAGUGAUUGAUUGAUUGAUGCUGUAAUAUAAUAAUUAAUUGCGCGCGAGGAUGGUUGGGGAUGUGAACGGAACGACGUCGUCGAUGGCGGAGGCGCAGUACGUGGGGGCGAAGACGUCGGUGUGGUGGGACAUAGAGAACUGCCCGGUGCCAAAGGGGUGCGACCCAAACGUGAUCGCGCAGAACAUAAGCUCGGCGCUCGUGAAGAUGAACUACUGCGGGGCCCUCUCCAUCUCCGCCUACGGCGACACCCACGGCAUCCCGGCCUCCAUCCAGCACGCGCUCUCCAGUACCGGCAUCGCCCUCUACCACGUCCCCGCCGGUGUGAAAGAUGCGAGUGACAAGAAGAUUUUAGUCGACAUGCUGUUAUGGGCAGUCGACAACCUUGCUCCCGCGAACUUUAUGCUGAUUUCUGGUGACAGGGAUUUCUCUAAUGCACUCCAUCAGCUGCGCAUGAGGAAGUAUAAUAUUCUUCUAGCACAGCCACAGAAAGCGUCUGUGCCUCUUAUUGCUGCAGCAAAGACACUAUGGCUUUGGACGAGCCUCUCUGCUGGAGGACCCCCGCUUUCGAGUGGUGAGUCAUCACAGUUUGCUAACGGUUGCCUUACCUCUAAUCAUGAAACGUCACAAUACCCAGUUUCUGAACCCAUUCAGUUAAGCCAACCCGUGACGGCCGGCAAUUCAGAAAACCUUUCUUUUGGAAAUCAAAGACCUCCUAGUGCUGGAAGAGUUGGUGGUGAUAAAAAACGUAAAGGGAAACAUACUCGAAAAUCCACAAAUGAGCCAAGCAUAUCAAGAGCCUCAAGCGCAAUGCAGUUGUAUGGCGGUGACUCACCUCCACCUCCACCACCACCUUCACCUCCACCUCUACCUCCACCUCCGCCUCCUCAAAUGCCCGACUUGGCUCAGUUUUGGGCCACUUUCACCAAAUUCAUGACAACUAUAACAACUGCAAUGCCUGGAAAAGGCGAACAUUAUAACACGGUUGGUUGUUCAUCGGCCAACUUCAUGCAUAACUCACCUAUGUUUGAUGGAAGUGAAGAGCCCUUGGCAGCUGACAAUUGGAUAUCCACCUUCGAGGACUUUGCUGAUGCACUUAGGUGCACCGAUGAUCAAAAAGUCUAUUAUGCCGGGCUGAAGUUAAAUGGCGAAGCCCAAUACUGGUGGAAGGCCAGAAAAACAGUCCUUACUGAAGAGUUGGGAUGUGGAGUUCCCAUUUUGUGGGAGCAUUUCAAGAAAGAAUUCAAUGACCGUUUCCUUACUCGUGCACAGAGUCAACAAUGUGUACGGGAUUUCCAAGAUCUAAAGCAGGGAAAUAUGACAGUUGAGGAAUACUCAACUAAAUUUCAGAAGUUAUUGAGGUAUGCCCCACACCUCAUCCCCGAUGAAGAGACUAAGGCCGAAAAGUUCCGCGACGGUUUGUCACCACAAAUUCGUGAGAGGAUUGUUUUCCUCAAAGUCACUGACUAUGUCGAGAUGGUGCACAUUGCCAUCAUGGCUGAGAAAGAGACCCGUGAAGUGGCCACUGACUAUGUUAAUAGGAGGCGAUCACUUUCAUUGGGGACUCCUUCUCCUCCCCCACCAUCGAAGAGACAGUCUUUUAGCAGUGAUUCUGAACCUCUUGGGAGUCAAGGUGCUCCUGUGAGUCAGACCAACUUUAGUGUCACUGAGUGUAGUAAGUGUGGAAGAAAGCACCCAGAGCCAUGCAGAUUGGGUGUGUGUUUUGGGUGCGGUAAGCCAGGCCACCAUGUCAGAAAUUGUCCUACAGUGGCUGCAAAGAGCCAAGGGACUCAAGCAAGCAAUAAUCAGCCUAGACCAACUGCUAAGGCAAGGGUGUACAUGCUUACACCGGAAAAUGUCAAAGCUUAUGAGAAUGUUGCCAAUGUUGUCACAGAUGAUGUUCAUUUGGUUGCAGGUACCGCAGAUGUCGACAACGACCUUGUGGCAAACUACUUGGGAUACUAUGAUUGAGGCAUUUUGUUGAGGUCGUAGAUGAGUUGGAUUUGGAAGGUCCCCUUUUGUAGUUAUUUUGUAUAUGGCUCGUGUGUCAUGUGACACAUGUAUUUGAUGAGCCAUCCUCUUGAUAUGUAAUUAAUAACUCAUGUUGAAGCCUUAAAUAGAUAGACAUUGUUACA